CCCGAGUAUUAAUCCACUUUAUCAGAAUCUGCCCACGGAAAUUGGGAAAUUCUGUUAAAUAUGGAAGAUAUACAGCCUAUCUGAGCUGCCGAAGAAACGGCUUUCUGUGUAGAACUGAUGAAGCGCCUCAACGCACAGCGAAAACAAGAUUACUUGUGCGAUGUUACUUUUGUUUCCAAAGACGACAGAGAGUUAAAGGCUCACAGAAAUGUUCUUUCCGCCGCAAGUCCGUUCUUUUACAGACUUCUUCAGACCGACAUGAAAGAGAAUCGAAAGGGGAUUGUUCGUUUUGAGGAGAUUUCAGGAUCUGUUAUGGAAGAUAUUUUGGAAUUCAUCUACACUGGAACUGUAGAGGUUACUCAGGAGAACGCAAAGGAACUGAUCGCCGCAGGGAAUUAUCUGAUCGUUUCGGGCUUGAAAAUUGUUUCAGGGCAGUUUUUGGAACGAGAAAUGUCACACAUUAACUGUAUUUCAACCUUUUACCUCGCUGAAAAUACGAUUGUGACGAGCUCAUCGCCAGCAGCAGGCGUUUUAUUCACGAAAACAUCGUUUCCGUGGCAAAAAUUGGUGAAUUUUUGAACUUGGAAGCUAGAGAGAUCGAGAGGUGGAUUUCGUCCGACGAGAUUAUAGUCAAAGAGGAAGUUGAUGUUUUUAAAAUCAUAUUGGACUGGGUAAACCACAGAAAGAGCGAGCGAAAAGCAGCAUUUGAAGAAUUGUUUAGUCACGUUCGACCAGGUUUCUGUCGCGUGACUGUCUGGAGAAUGUCGUGACAAACGAACUUGUUCGUGACAGUGCUGUUUGUUUGAGGCUGACGUUAAUUAGAUACUACAUGAUAAAGAUGGCUACUUUUGCCGAUGAAGAUGAUCUCCCGCAGUUAGCGAGAAAGGGAAAUGACACACUUAUUAUUGUUGCUCGUGGUGGCAAAUACACUUUUUGCUAUCUCCCUGAGCAAGACCAGUGGAGGCAUUUACCUGACGGUUUGAAAGUAAAAGAGGGUGAUGGUACAGUCACGACAAACUACUGCGAUCAGUUGUUUACCUUUAGUGACUUUCCAGAUACAGAGAGACUCGAUCUGUUUUGUAAUGGUUGGUCAGCAGUAAACUUGCACUCAAAUUCUACUAAGGUGGCUGUGGUAAAAGGAGACAUUUAUGCCGUUCUAGUCAGUACCUGCCGCUAUUGGGAAAAUAAUACCGUGAAGAGAUAUGAUGUGAAAUAGUGGGCAUGGAAGGCACUCGAUUACUCAUGUGAUAGAGAGUGUAAAGCAAAAAAUGCUUGUAUUGUUGCUGGUGGCAGCCAUUCGUAUAUGUUUGGUGGGAUGAAUCCAGACAUAAAACAAUCCAUCGCUGAGGCUGAGAGAUUUGACACUGUGGAGAACAAAUGGGAGGAAAUCGCAGACAUGCUGGAAGGAAGAGGGAAUGCUUUUGGAGCAGCUACUCAAGAAAAAGUCUUCGUCGCAGGGGAAUUACGAAAUGGGGAAAUAUUGAACACUUGCGAUAUGUACAAUACGUCAACAAACGAAUGGAAUGGCAACUCGUUGGAAGCUGAAUCAGUUCGACGAUGUUUACAUACGGAAGUAGGUUCGUCUGAAAGGAAAGCUAUACAUUCUGGGUAGGAGAAAUGAAAGGGGCCAAACUGAACCGAGUGUUGAAUGUUUUGACACAGCUAAGGACACAUGGAUCCUUACAACAAUAUCAUCAGUCACCUCAUACCCGUUCAAAAGAAUCCAGCUCCUGACUUUCCUAUAUUCUCCCUCGAGAUUCUGCUAACAACGUUUUCCCAGUCCCCUGGUACUGUGUUUCUACUCGUUCCCAGAGUCUUCCAGCUGACUUGGGAAAGAAAAAUCGUAGGAAAGUGGGAACCAGCUAUACUUCCGCUUUCGGUAUUCUUCCAGAUUAAUCCAUAUUAUCAACAAGGUUUGGGCAGAAUUUGCCAACAGAAAUAAGGAUAUUGUAUAAAAGAUGGAAGAUUUACAGCCUAUCUCAGCUGCUGAACAAUCGGUUUUCUGUGUGGAAAUGUUGAAGCGCCUUAACAUUCAGCGAAAACAAGAUUAUUUGUGCGACAUUACUUUGGUUUCGAGGGAUAACAGCGAGUUUAAGGCUCACAGAAAUGUCCUUUCCGCCGAAAGUCCGUUCUUUUGCAAGCUUCUUCAGAGCGACAUGAAGGAGAAUCGCGAAGGGAUUAUUCGAUUUGAGGAGAUUUCAGGAUCUGUUCUGGAAGAUGUUUUGGAAUUCAUCUACACUGGAACUGUGGAAGUAACUCAGGACAAUCCUAAGAAACUGAUCGCCGCAGGGUAUUUUAUGAUCAUACCGAGCUUGAAAACUGUUUCGGGGCGAUUUCUAGAGGGAGAAAUGUCCAAUUCAAAUUGCAUAUCGACCUUUUAUUUCGCUGAGAAAUACGACUGUAUCGAGCUUAUUGGCAACAGCGAGAAAUUCGUCCACGAGAAUUUCGCCUCGGUAGGAGAAAUGGAUGAAUUUCUGAGCUUGGAGGCUAAGGAGGUGGCGAGGUGGAUUUCAAGUGACGAGAUUGCUGUGGAAGCGGAAGCCAGCGUCUUCAAGAUCAUACUUAAAUGGGUUGAACAUAACAAGAGCGAGCGAAAAGCAGCAUUUGAAGAACUGUUUCGUCACGUUAGACUGAGUUUUCUGUCGCGUGACUGUUUGGAGGGUGUCGUGACAAACGAACUGGUGCGUGAGAAUUAUGCUUGUGUAAAGCUGGUCAUGGAUGCUACCGUAAAGAUGGCUACUUUUGCGAGUGAAGAUGAUCUCCCGCAGUCACCAAGAAAAGGUCUGGAAACACGUGUUAUUCUAGCAUGUGGUGGCUUGUACACAUUUUGUUAUCUCCCAGAAAAAAACCAGUGGAAACGACUGCCAGACGGGUCAACUGAGAGAAACCAGAAAACGCAAAUGCUCACAUUUCGUGAUCAGCUGUACAUGUUCGAGGAAUUCAGCCAGGCAGACAAGUAUGAUCCCGUGUUUAAUGGCUGGUCAAUGUCGGAUCUGAUUGACGUAUCGGCAGAUAGCGCCAUCGUGACCGUUGUCAAAGGGGAUAUGUACGCCAUUGAAGUUAACAAACCUGUUGGAAAGUCUACUAUGAAGAGAUUCAACGUGGAGCUUUGUACAUGGCAAAUAGUUGUGGAAUUUCCUCAAGGCUUUAGGAGCGGGUCCUGUGUUGUCGCGGGUGGUAGCCGUCUGUAUUUUUUAGGUGGAUCAGCCCCUAGCAGUGCUAGUUACGUCGCUACAGCUGAGAGAUUCAACACUGUGAAAAACCAAUGGGAGGAAAUCGCUGACAUGCAGCAAGGAAGGGGUGGUGCCUUUGGAGUGGCAACUAAACAAAAGAUUUUUGUUGCUGGAGGCUUAAACGAAAAGAAUAAGGUGUCAAGAAGAUGCGAGAUGUACAAUAUUUCGACAAACGAAUGGCACUUCAUUGGAAGCUUAAACGCUUGGCGUGUGUAUGGCAGCAUGGUGUGUCUGAAUGGUAUCUUAUAUGUUCUGGGUGGCACCAAGAAUAAUAGAGAUAGGUUAUUGUCAGUUGAAUGUUACGAUUCAACAGAAGAUAAGUGGAUUGAGAAGACAUCUAUACCAGUGGAAAAGUACACAUCAGGAAAUAAGGACACAUUCGCUGGAUGUGUAAUGAAGCUCUCUAAAGGAGUGCUGAAGAAACCCAACUUCGGCACGGAAGAGGAAAUGAAGCCAGUAACCAGCCAAACCGGCUUCGGCCUCUCGUCAGGAAGCACUACCGUCAUCGCCUCCCUCCUCUUUGGCUCCAGAGCAUCCGCCGCUCGUGUUGUGGCUCCUAUUCCAGUAUUUGAGUUGUGUGAUGAUGAUGACUGAGUUAGCUUCUAUACAAUUCCCCUUAGUUUCCUUCAAGGAGAGAGUUUAUUGUUUUUCUCACGGGUGUUCAAACUUAAGAAAUCUUUACAAUGUUUCUAUAUCAGUGGACAAGGGAUUAAACAAAAAAGCUUCUUACACAUCUGGGAGAUAAGAUAUUCUGUGUGUGUUUCAUUACAGUUAUUCGACGUUAAAAUAUAAUCUUGCCCGUUUAAAUAGCAUGAUGAAACUUACAUCUAAAAAAUACAGUCUUGUGUUAGUAGCACACAGAUUUAGCAAUAACAAGAUGCUUUAAUAAUUGCAAAGGAGCAUGCGAAAAGUUAUAUUAAUAAAGCUGUCGCAAAUUCAAUUUUAUUUCAUACAUACUGAGAUUUACACUGUGAAGUAGUGUCGUUCGCGUGUCCGAUUGAACGAUCCGAUGUGUUUUCACAGUUUUUCGCUCACAAUCAUUGCAAUGUGUCGGUCGGUAAGAAAAAGUCUCAGUAUGUAUCAAAUAAAAACAUCAAGUGACCAUGGAAAGUGCUUGAACAAUUUUGAUUCACUCGUUGCGAUGCAUAAUUCUCAAACUCAUUAAGAAUUCGUCAAGUUACAAACCAAUCAGGAUACGCCAAUUUGGCCACGUGUGCGCUUAGAAACCCCGAUGAAACACUGGACAGAGGCUUUUCCACUAUACUUUGAUGAAAUAUCAAACCCUAGAAUUGAUAAAAUGUCAAACUCCACUGAUGGAGAAUUUAUCCGCGUACGAUGCCAAAAUCAGUCAGAAUUUUUUCAUUGUUCUUGGCUAAUGAUGCACGAUUGAGAAGCAAUUUCAAAAAAUCGUGCUU